GACCCGCCUCCACCGUCUCGUCUGCGAGGUAUCCCGGGCUCAGCUUGCCCCAGUCCUGCUUGCCCCAGCCCCGGGGUCACAGACCCAGAGACGGAGACAGCCGGGCCCGGACACUGUUUCCAGGUUUCAAGGGCUGCCGGCCCCAGGGGUCGGGCCGGGCGGGGGUCCAUGGCCCGAGCGGCGCUGAGCCCGUCGCUCCUGCUGUCGCCACUGCUGCUGUUGCUGCUGGUCGGAGCCCCGGGGGUCCGCGGGGACCCCCGCCAACACAGACAGGGGGUGUGUUCCACUCAGUCCCUGCGGGUCCCACUCCACUACAACGAGUCGUACAGUCAGCCCGUGUACAAGCCCUACCUGACCCUGUGCGCAGGGCGGCGCGUCUGCAGCACCUACAGGACCACCUACCGCGUGGCGUGGCGGGAAGUUCGACGGGAGGUGCUGCAGACUCACGCCGUGUGCUGUCAGGGCUGGAAGAAGCGGCACCCAGGGGCGCUGACCUGCGAGGAAGCCAUUUGUCCGAAGCCCUGUCAAAACGGAGGGGUCUGUGCCCGGCCUGGCCAGUGUCAGUGUGCCCCCGGCUGGGGGGGGAAGUAUUGCCACGUGGAUGUGGACGAAUGCCGGGCCGGGGUCCCCCUCUGUUCCCACCGUUGCCUCAACACGCGGGGCAGCUUCGUCUGCGGCUGCCCGCCGGGGCUGACCCUAGGGCCGGAUGACCGGACCUGCCGGGAGGAGGGGCCCCCGGAGCCCUCACCCAGCCCCAGCAUCCUCAGUGUGGCAGUGCGGGAGGCCAAGCAGGACGAGCGUGCCCUGAGGCGGGAGAUGGGGGAACUGCGGAUCCGCCUCGAGCAGCUGGAGGAGUGGGCAACUCGGGCAGGGGCCUGGGUCCGCGGCGUCCUCCCCGUACCCCCCGAGGCGCUGCGUCCGGAGCAGGUGGCCGAGCUGUGGGGCCGCGGGGACCGCAUCGACUCACUCAGUGACCAGGUGCUGCUCCUGGAGGAGAAGCUGGGCUCCUGUUCUUGUGAGGACAACAGUUUGGGGCCUGGUCUCAAUCGCCGAUGAAAGCUCACCUGAUCUGGUGCUGGGCUUCCGCGUCCAACCUCCUGGACCCUAAUUUAUACCAACCUCUCUCCACCCCACUAACCCCCGUAAGGGCCAGACGCCUGGGUCCCCAGACCCUUGGGCUGCUGUGGACACCGAUAAGGCGGCACAGUGGAAACGGAAAUGACUUGGGCCCUAAGAGGUGAAGAACGGGCAGCUUGGGUUCAAGCGCUUAGUACAGCACUCCACACACGCCAAGCGCUCAACAAAUAUGACUGCUGCCUUCCCUGCCUCGCGGGGAGAAGGAGCCUGUAACCACUCCCUCCUUCCUCCCCCACCCCCGCAAAAAACCCAGGCCCGCUCUCUUCUGCGCUUUAUUCUCCGACUUUGUUAUUCGAAUUAAUAAAAACCAUUGCCGUGGG